GGUAAGCAUACACAAGUGAGCAGUAGCAGCAGCGUGACAGCAAUGCUGUUUAAUUGCAUUAUUUGGUUGGACUGCUGGAAGUAACAGUGCACAUGAGCGCGCACAGGAUACAACAACUCAAGGGUCAUAUUUUGCCUGAAAAUAAGACCACAGCAAUGGCAGUUUCUUCAAGUCCUCUGACCACGCAUGUGUUGAAUACUGCCAAGGGUGUUCCAGGAUCCAACAUGGCCCUCAGCCUACAUCGACUGGAUCCCUCAUCUGAGACCUGGAUGAUUAUCACCACUGGGACCACAAAUGCAGAUGGCCGUUGUCCUGGACUCAUCACACAGCAAAUGUUUUUGUCUGGUGUGUACAAACUGCGUUUUGAAACUGCUCCAUACUGGGAGAGUAUGGGAGAGACCUCCUUUUACCCUUACGUUGAGAUUGUCUUCACUAUAAACAACCCAGGCCAAAAGUACCAUAUACCUCUGCUCCUGAGUCGCUUCUCAUACAGUACCUACAGAGGAAGCUAGUGUCUGCGUGUGCUUAGCUGACCAAGAUGCUGACCUACGGCCUGGAUUCGGUCCCAGGGCGCCACAUGAUUGCUGGCCACUGCUCCUCAAGAGGAUACGUUAAAUGCUGAGACAAAUUUUGCUGCACAUUGUACAUAUGACAGAAAAGGACAUUAAAGUACAUUAAACUGUACCACCUGACUGUUAGAUGGCCAAUUUUGAAACAAAUUGAAUUGGAUUCCUAGGUACAGUCGGCCCUCGCAAUAUUGCGGUUUGAUUAGCGCUCCCUCGCUAUAUCGCGGUUUUAAAGAAAUUCAUUAAUUAAUAAAUGGCCGCUGUUUCAUGGUCGGCUAUGGUCUGUAAUUAGUCAAAACAUAUUGGAAUACAAGUGAUAUGUAGUAUUCUGGUCACUAGAUGGCAGUAAUAAGACACUGACACCGGUGUAGUGUGGCGAGGUGUCACUACACAAGUAAGUAGUUCUUCGGCAUAACAAUGUUAAUAAUAAUGACAAUGUCGCUGUAACUUGGUUAAUAUGCAGGUCACAUUAUGUAAAUGGGGCUUUGUUGGUGGUUUUUGGAUUUUUUUUUCAGAAGGCUUUAUAAGCGAAAUAGUUGCAUCCAGUUACAUGCACUCUUAGCUGUCUCUUUUUAGCUCGUUUUGUAUCUUUAGAACGCACAGAAAAGAGAAGGACCUGUGUUCAAGUCUCACUAAGGAUUGUGGAUUGUGGCAAAAUUUCCAAAAAAGUACAGUUUUCCUUUAACAUUGAAUUCUAUCUCACAGAAAUUCAUUUAACGCAGUCGGGUCUGGAACAAAUUAACCAUUGAUGGAAGACUGUAUUUACAACAUGGAAUCAUACAAUGUGCACAAAAAGGAUUUUCUUUUCUUGGCAAUGUAAAGUCAACACUUGAAAAUUUCAGUAUUUAAUGUUUUCUACCAGAUUACGGCAUUUAUCCAUGUUUGACAAAGGGAUAAGCAAUACUUAUAAUGGGGGUGUAAUGCAGUCUAUUGGGGUGAAUUAAUGGCAAAAUGUUGACAUAUGUUGUCUUGUUUUGACAUUACAACUGAAUUUACACUUCUUUACUUGACUUGAAAUUAAGGACUUGAGACUUACAUAACACUGACUUGAUCCCCCUCUGCUUAAUAAUACAUGAAAAAACACACCACUGAACAUAUCUUAAGGUUGUUUUCAUUAAGAAUGUAUCGUGGGUAUUUGAAGGGUUAAAAAUACAAAUGAAUUGAUGUUACACCUACUUAUUAAAAGAAG